UCUUAGACAUAUAAUGAAUGUGUGCAUUGAUGUCAUAGGUUGCUACAUGAGAAUGUACGUAUAUAUAUAUAUAUGUAUGUAUUACGUGUGUGCAUGUGCAUGUAUGAGUUCAAGCAGGAGCACCAUGAGAGUGGGAGCAAGCUUUGGUCUGCCUAUCUGGUUUUCAGUAAAUUUACUUGCCCGACCACACUGGCGGAUUACAAGGAAAGAUCAGUCGGAAUCUAUUAGUGGUGCUGUUAAGUGACAGAAAAGGGAGUACUUGAGAAUGAUUUUCGGAGAAAAAGUCUUCGUUCUAAUACUCCUCGUUUACUUAUUAGGAGUACUAUUACUCACGGAUGCAAUCAAAGUACCAGGAAAUUGCCCAUCAUUUGGUAGUUCUAUGACGCAAACGGAACUUCUGCAAGAAUUGGCAAAUGAAUGCCGUUACGAUAAGAUGGUCAGACCACCCGGAGUAAUUAAUGAAACGGAUCCGAUCAGAAUUUACACCAAAGCUUUUAUCUACACAAUAAGGUCCAACAUGGCCAAAACUCUGCGAUUUGAUGUGCAUUUAAUGAUGCAGUUUCGAUAUUUGGAUAAACGGCUUAAAUUCACGGAUAUAGCUCCUUAUUUGACUCAAAUAUACGGUGGUCAAAACGCUCAUAAACUAAUUUGGACGCCUACAGUGUACGUUGCGAACGAGCGUACUUCGGCGGUAAUGGGAAAUGGCGUCAAAGAUCUACUCAUCUCUAUCAGUUCUCACGGCAUGGUCAUAUUAAACACUAGAUUGGAAACUACCCUCAACUGCGGCCUUCGAUUAGAGAAGUUUCCAUUCGACGUGCAAGAGUGUCCGCUAGUGUUUGAAAGCUGGACUCACAAUGUGAACGAAAUGGUGCUAGACUGGGAUGAAGAUCCAAUUGUCAUCGCGGAUAAUUUAUAUCUAACGGAGUAUAAACUUAUGGACAUGUGGGUUAAUCGCUCCGGAAUAACUUAUACUCCAUCGCAAUAUCAUUAUGGGCAUUUUGCCGGCAAUUUCAGUUCGAUAAAUAUCACAUUUAAACUAGCCCGUGAAAUGGGAUUCUUUAUGAUGGAUUAUUAUAUACCAUCUAUAUUGAUUGUUGUGAUUUCGUGGGUGUCUUUUUGGUUACAUCAAGAUGCGAGCGCACCACGAAUAGUUUUAGGCACAAAUACUAUUUUAGCAUUUAUGACACUCGCAUCGAAAGUUGAAAAUUCAUUACCGAAGGUUUCUUAUAUAAAAGCGAGUGAAAUUUGGUUUUUGGGUUGUACAAUAUUUUUGUUUGCGGCAAUGGUCGAAUUUGCCUUUGUCAACACCAUAUAUAGGAGGAAAAAAAACGUACCAUUGAAAAAAGUUAACAGCAAGUACAUUCUUAAAUCAACCUUGACGCCACGUUUGGCAAGAAAACAAUUUCAGAAGAAUACCACCGGUUUGGAACGAUCCCGAUCAUGGUCAUCGUUAGACAAUGCGAGUACGAACAACGAGCAAGACUUCACAAGUCAGAAUUAUCUCACCGUACACAGUUUUCCGAGCGCGCUCAACAUCCCAUCAGUAACGAUACAAGAGGAUAAAGAUCCAAAUUAUUCCGUUGGUAGCACCACAACCAUCGACAGCACCCCCCCACCAGCUAAAUCAUUUACACGCAGGUCAACUCUAGCUAAGUUACACAAUUUCACAACAAUGACACCUCAACAGAUCGCUCAAUGGAUUGAUAAACGCAGUAGAAUAGUAUUUCCUAUAUCAUUUAUCAUAUUCAACAUCCUGUAUUGGUCUUUUAUAUGGAUCUAAAAUUGUACUGUGCAAUGAUCAAUUUUAAUUAAAUCUCCGUAUUUUAAGUCUCGAAGCACAAUAGUAAACUAACCGUUAGAUAUUGAUCAAUCGCAGUCACAUAUGAAGAAAAUGAUCAAGUAUGAUUGGUUGAUUCCUACGAUUAAAGAUAUACCUAUUGUACUUUGGGUCUUAGUCCAGAUAGCUAAAUUUGUCUAAAACAGAUUUUGUAAGAUAAUUUUUUUAGACAGAUUAGCAGCAAAACAUAACACAAAAUUUGUUAAUAGUGUAUUUUAAUUUUCUGCACUUGUGCAGAC